CUCGGACUCUAUUUGGCUCGAGAAGAAUAAUUUAAAUCCGAGCAACUCGGACAAAAACAGCGCCCUCUGUCGAGAGAGAAAUUGGUUUACGGAAGCCGAAACGUCGAUUCAGAAAAACAUCAGGUUAAUGGAUAUUUUAAAGCAAUAUUAUACAACUGUAUUUGCUCAAGAGUUCUCACCAUGUGGAAAAUAUUUGGCUGCAGGAAAUAACUAUGGGAAGAUUGCUGUUUUUAAUAUUUCUUCCUUUUUCAUUGGUGAUGAUACCAUUCAAUUAGAAGAAUCUCGUCAUCCAAUGUAUAAAUUUACAGCACAUAAUAGCUCCAUCUACGCAUUAGCUUCAACAGAUAAGUUUUUAAUUAGUGGUGGGAUAGGAAAUAUAUGUGGCUGGAGUUGGAAUGAUAUUAAAAAAAAAGAAGCAAAAGUAUUAUGGAAAUUUACUAUAACUCAAGGGGAGAGUUUGACUAAGCCUGAAGUUAACAGCAUGAUUAUUAAUCCAAAGAAUGGUCAAAUGCUAUUAUAUGCUGGUUGUGGUGAUAACAAAAUAUAUGUAUGGGAUUUGGAGCAUGGUUCUUUACUGUUAGUAAAGAUAUGAAGGAUGAAAAGUCUUUGAAAAAAAUAAAAGUUUUUUAAAGUAAGUAAGUAUAUUUCCAAACAACACAAAAAUAUUCAAAAUAAAAGUUGUUAUUAUAAAGGUAUCUGGUGAUAAAAUGUGAACUUAAUGUGAAGUAUGUACCUGAUGGUGUUUGCAUAUUUCCUUGAUAUUAGGUUGUGUUUUUGAAAGACAUACCCUCAUCUCAUUUUCAAGGGUCUUUAGUCUUUCUCUCUUCUUUGUUUUAAUAUUUACAAGUGUAGAGAAUCCCACUUCACAGAGAUACGACGUGGAAAAGUGCAAUAAAAUAUUAAGUGCUUUGAAUCCUAUAUUGGGAUAUUCCUUCAUAAUUGUUUUCCAAAAUGAAUUCAGACUCAUUUCUGAAUGUUUCAAUCUUAACAUACGAUUGUUACAUAUAACAAUUAAUUCUUCGGCUUCUGCAAGACUGAACUUACUUAUUUCUGAUGUUGUCUCUAAAAAAGGAUUUCAAAUCCAGUUGUACAAAUCAACUGAUAUGUCAGGGAAAUAAUGGUUAAUUUUUUCUUCUAACGACAUUAAAUGACUGUAAAUAAUAUGACGAUUUUAGUCUCUGUAAUCCAAAAUUAUUCUUGGUAGACAAAUCUCACAGCAAUUUUAUUGGCAAAUUAAAUUUAUUUUGUAAAGACUACAUCAAAUGCAUUUCGGGCUGGUCUAAUAUUUUCCAGUCCCUCUUCAGUGCUAAAACAAUAACAAAGAACGUAAAAUGUUUAACUAAAACACGACAUAGAUGUAUAUCUACACCAAAAUUAUAAAUUUUGGAGAAAAACUUACAAUAACCGCUGGUGGUAAUUACAAUGAUAUUUCCAUGGGUAGGGGUGGUAAACUUUGCACACAUUUGUAGGAAUCCUAAAAUUACAAUUAUCUUUUUUUGUACAAAACAAUAUAAGGCUAAUACAAGUAAUAUCUUAAACAAUACUUAUACUUACAAGUUUAAGAAACCUUUCCACAC